AUGUGGACGCUGGAAACCAUGCGUAUAUUUCAAGUCCCCUCUUUUAUUUCCAUUGGUUCCUGGUCGGAAGUACGAAACAACAGUAAUUCGGAGGACCAUUACUCUUCCGACCAGGUUCUGGAAGUUCCUCAGUUAACUCAACUAGAUAAUAUUGAGCUGCUGAGGCGGUUUGUUGGCGAUGAACUGAAUGGCUUUGCAUCAACCGAUUUUUUCGAGAAGCAAGGCGAAUAG